UGGAGGUCAUGUGAAUUGUUUCCAACAUGUGUGUGAUGUAUCCCACUCUGUGGCUUUGUUUUUAUGGCUUCUUUACAAACUUCCGACCGUCGGAGCCUUUUCUCACUGCCUACUUGAUGGGACCAACGAAGAACCUGACUGAGGCGCAGGUUGUGGGUGAAAUCUAUCCAAUCUGGACAUAUUCCUACCUUGUGUUGCUGUUCCCCGUCUUCCUAGCCACCGACUACCUGUGUUACAAGCCUGUGCUCGUGCUGCAGGCGGCUAGCUACGUCGUCACCUAUGUGAUGCUGCUCAAGGCUCAGGGCCUCGUAGCCAUGCAGCUGCUGGAGUUCUUCUUCGGUCUCGCCACAGCCUCUGAGGUGGCCUACUACUCGUACAUCUACAGCGUCGUGGAGCCUGCUCACUAUCAGAGAGUGACGGCCUACUGCCGCAGUGUCACUCUAUUCGGCUCGGCCGCCGGCUCGCUGAUGGGGCAGCUCCUUCUCUCUGUGGCUAAAAUCCAGCUUGUGUACCUCGUCUCCGCUACGCUCGCAUCCGCCGCUGUAGCGUUUGUUUCCCCUUGGUUUCUACCCAUGCCUAAGAGGAGCGUGUUUUUUCAUAAGAGUCCCGCAGAAGUGGAAGAAUAUGACUUCAGUGGUGCUUUAAUUAGGGAGGUGGACAAAUCAGAUGUUGAAGUUCCUCGAGACCACCAGGAAGUCUCCACGGUGGCGCUGCCCGCCGACGAGACGCAAAGAGGCCGUGGUGUCUUGGAGGUCUUGAGGAUGUUGUGGACGGACUUCCUGCACUGUUACAGACGAGGUCCCCUACUUGCUUGGUCGGUGUGGUGGGCGCUAGCCACGUGUGGGUACUUUCAGGUGGUGAACUAUGCCCAAGUGCUGUGGGAGAAAGUCCGCCCCUCCCAGGAAUAUGACAUCUACAACGGCUACGUGGAGACGGCGUCCACUCUCCUAGGGGCGGUUGCUGCUCUGCUGGUGGGCUACCUUCCCGUGAGCUGGUCUGUGUGGGGAGAACUGGCCUUGUGUCUCCUGUCUCUGCUCAUGGCAGCAUGUCUGCUCAUCAUGGACCUGCUGAGGAACAUCUGGCUGUGUUAUGGCGCCUAUGUUCUUUUUAGAGCCACCUAUAUGCUGCUAAUCACUGUUGCCACGUAUGAAAUAGCCGCCAGCCUGGACAUGCAACGCUACGCCCUCGUGUUUGGAGUCAACACCUUCCUGGCUUUGUCGCUGCAGUCUUUGCUGACUCUGGUGGUGGUGGACUCUGCCGGCCUCCGCCUUGACAUCUUCACCCAGUUCUUCAUUUACAGCGUCUACUUUGCCGUCAUUGCUGCUGUCCUCCUCCUGGCUUGGCUCUACAACUUGGCUCGCAGGAGGCGCUCUCAUCAGGAGGUUGUGUCCAGGAGUCCAACAGUCGUGGAGAGCACGUAAUAUGAACGUUGUCGUCGUUUGUUGUCGUGCCAUUGUGUUAUUCGCUGGCCUGUCCACUUUGUAUAAAAUGCUGCAUUCCAGAAAACUGGCAAGUUGGACAAUCGAGACUUUCAACCAGGUCAAGGACAUUGAACGUUGAAGCCCCGGAUUUUCCCACUUAUGCACUUUUGAUAAAAGUCGUGUACAAAUAGUUCUAGAUUGUAUUUUUAUAAUGAUGCUAUAGUUUGUAUUUGCACUUGGUAGUGUAGCGGUUCAUGCUGCUGCCUUGAAUUCCUGGCCACUGUAAUACGUGUUGUGUGUAGCGACCUCUUGUGGUGAAAGGCAACUUUUACUACUACAAGGUAUUGCCAUUUCACAAUAGAGGGUGUCCAUAUAUUGCAGUAUUCUUCAUUUAAAUCUGUUGAGAACUGCUGAAGGUAAAGUGUCUUUACUACUUUAUCAUGUUGUUGGUAAACAUGCAUAACAAGGUUACAUGGAAGUAUGUCAAGGGUUUACAUGUCCGAAAAGGAGUAGGAAGAAGUUCAUUUAAUAGUCUCUGUGUUGCAGCAUUAUUGAUCAUUUGGACACUUCCUAUGUUCAAUGCUGUACUAGUUUACCAAAGUUUUUUUUUUUUUUUUUCAUUUUGAGGUAAGACGUCUGACUGUAUACAGCAUAUGGAACGUAUCCAACUUCCCAGCCUUCCUGAAUACAACAUAUAACGCACUUCCGAGGUUUUGGCCAGCAAGUGGCACAACCACACGGCAUUGUCACGGUAGCUAGUUUACGUCUAUCACUCAAACCACAGUAAAACACAAUCAUCAGUGUCGGUAUGACAAAAUAAUUCAUAUAAACACGUUUAAGUGCACAUUUUUUUGCACUAGUGCCUUUUGAGUCUUGAACACAGCACUUAGGUGUCCUUAUUAAGAAUCAGCAUGUUAAUUUACCAUGCAACUGGAAAAUAAAGUAUUUAUUUGUUCAUGCGUAGCGUAUUGUGUUAAUGAAUUAUUUUUUUUACACAGCUAUGUUGGUCUGGAUUUUUUUUU